UCGCGGCUAGCUAAUCGUCUUGAGUUCCUAGGCUGAUUCGCGGUCAUUGUUCUCCGGCUGAUUCGCCGCUGCAAGCGCGUUGACAUCACGGCCGCUGAUUGCCUGAUUUGUACAUCACAGCCGUCGGUCGUUUCAAAUUUCAAAUCGCAGCCGUUGAUUCCCUGUUUUCCACGGCUCCGUACAAUCCGCUCGCGGUAGGAUCAUGAGCAUAUAGCACCUUCCCGGCGACGGGCCUUCACGCGUUCCGAUCACCCAGACAUAAGGAACCGAGUUUUGAGACGUCUCAAAGCGCGUUCCGAGCUCCGAGUCAUAAGGCAUCAACAGCCCUAGUGCCCCGGCUAGAACCCGACCCGACGGAAACCGUUAAGAAAUCUGAGUCGCCUUAAUAGUAAACGUCCGACGGAGCGGGCGCGAUGAGGAAGGAUCAGCAAUCCAAGGGUCUGACGGACCGCAAGAUCGGCCUCGCGAUUACUCUAGGCGCCGCGCUGGGUACUCUCCUGGCCGUGUGGCAGUUCAGCCAAGGGGCGUUAACACCAGAGGAGCGCGAGCUGCGGGGCGUAAGGGAGGAAGUGCUCUCCCUGCAGCGGCGCCUGCAUCAGCUCAAGUCAGAAAAAGCUGACCUCGACAAGAAACUCCUAGCCGCCUCCGGUGCUGGGGAUGAGGGCGCAGGAGGAGCAGCAGCAACAGCAGCUGACGCCGUACCAACAGCUGAGUCCCUCUGGUCCGGCGUGAGGAUUAAAGCCGGGCCUAGAGGGACCGUCCACAGCCAGUCUAAGAACCCCGAGAUUAUCCCCGACCCGACUGCCAACCCGCAGCUAGCAGCUCUUCUCGAGAAGGUCGCGAUCAACCGGGAGAUUAUUGUCGGGAUCUCGAACAUUAAUAUCCGGUCGAUGCUCGAGACGUGGUUCACCCAGAUCCAGCGCGCGGGGAUUAAGAACUACUUAGUGGUUGCGCUGGAUGACAUGACAAAGGAGCUCUGCGAGUCGCGCGGCGUGCCGGUGUACCAGCAGGAGGCGAAGAUCGCAGACACGCAGAAGGACGGCGGGGACAACCACGCAAUCUCCAGCUCCAAAUUCCACCUGCUGAGAGACUUCCUGGUGCUCGGGUACUCGGUGCUGCUCUCAGACAUCGAUAUUGGUUUCCUGCAGAAUCCGUUCGAAGGGAACCACCUGUACCGGGACUCGGACGUGGAGGGGAUGACGGACGGGUUCACGAAUGCCACUGCGUACGGCUAUGACGAUGUGUUGGACGAUCCGGCGCUGGGGUGGGGCCGGUACGCGCACUCCAUGCGUAUAUUCGUGUUCAACUCCGGGCUCUUCUACAUCCGCCCCACGGCUGCUUCUAUCGAGCUGCUAGACCGCGUGGCGAUGCGGCUCGCACGGGAAAAGGCGUGGGAUCAGGCGGUGUACAAUGAGGAGAUGUGGUUUCCCUCCCGGCCGGGAGUCGCAGGGCUGCAUAUCUCCCGGCGCGCCAUGGACUAUUUCAAGUUUAUGAACAGCAAGGUGCUGUUUAAGCAGGUGAGGAAGGAGCCUGGGCGGUUUGCGGGGUUCACGCCGGUGAGCGUGCAUGUGAACUACCACCCGGAGAAGGAGGCGAGGCUGGUGGCGCUGAUUGAUUACUAUGUGAAUGGGAACAAGGGCGCGCUGGAUCCCUUUCCGGAUGGGUCUAUCUCAUAGGUCUAUCUCUUAGGUUAAUGGAUGGAGGUUUGUUUGGAUAGGGUGGUUGAGAGAUUUGUUGCGCUUGCAGAAGCAGCCUGUGGACUGGUGGAGGGGAGUAGAAGGCUGAGACAAGGAGGCAUGGGAGCAGAGGAGAGUGCCUCUGGUUGAACAUGCAACUCGAAGAGAUGUUGCUCCAUUGAACGCGUAUCGUAUCCAGUAAUGCCCAACUGAUUGUUUCUUAGCUUGGAUGAUGUUAUGCGUUGUGAAUUCCUGCUCUGGAUAGAGUACAUUCGUGUGUGCUAUUCCCUCCCGUGUUCAUGCACGAGAUAUAUUUAGGCCGAGUGUAAUC